GCAGGAGCCUGAGAGCACAGAGCACUCGUGUUUUCACGUGUCCCAGGAGUGUUCCGUAGCCAUUUUGGCUCAAGCCAGGCUGGCCCAAGAUCGCUACGCAAUUAGCAAUUCAUGUAGUUCCCGAUGUCUCUGUUUCUCUUGCUUCCUUGCAUGGUGUUUCUGGCGAUUCGCUGCACGCUGGCUAUCGCGCAGAUCUGUAUUCAUUUCGUCAUUGUUCGUGCUCUGUCCACCGAGUUUGCAUCUACCGCAGCCGCGAUCACUGCACUGGACGGUGUGGUCAGUGUGUGGUUCCUGACGCUCCUUCGGCGGGUGAACUCUGCUGCUAACCUGGCCAAGCACUCGCAGUUCUUACGUCGCUUCCCCAACCUGUGGCGCCGUCGCAGGGGCUUCAGACGAACGGCAGCUGUCUCUCCGGAGGCUAUGGUGGAACGGGACUCGUUUUUUGAUUGCGAGCCCGUGAAGAUCUCAAUAUUUGAUGCUCUCGAGCGUGACAGGCUUUCUUCGGUGGGUUAUGUGCCGCCUCAGCUUAAUCAUGUGGUGCACGUUGUCGGAGCGUCUCCUAUUCAAUUCAACCCCAUUGCAGCUGAAUUUGUUGCUGGUGCUCCGCGCACAAUUAUUUCUUCUUCUCAAUUCGAGUCAACGUUGAGGCAGCACCAACUUCUUGUCGAGGCGCAGAAUGACACCAUUGCCCUUCUUACCCGUCAGGUCGAGAUGCUUCGCUCGGGUGUCGCUCCUGCGGUGGACUUCGCCGCUCAGAUCCAGAAUGUCCACAGGAAUGUUUCCACUCUCCAGUCGUCUCUUGCAUCUGCUGUGGAGGCCUCUCUGGACAAGCGGUUGCCUGGCAAGUUGGAGGCUGUUCUUCGCGCCCUCUCGCACGAUUUCGAGACGCAGCUGGCCGAAUCCAGAACUGGGAUGGCCGCAGGUUUGCUGGCGGCGGUCGAGAAGCCUAUCCGCAAAGUGUACGAGUCGUUUCAAGCUGAGAUUGGCGUUCUACGUGCGGAGUUGGAGGCCAAAAAUGGGCUACCUUACGCUCCUGUUUUGGCUGAGCCUGGCCCAGGCCCCUGCGGCAAACAAGGCACCCGCUUCUUGGGCUGUGGUAUUUCGUCUUCUGGUCCUGCUCCGGCUUCCUCUUCCUCCGGCGGGCUUCCUGGAGGCCCUGAACUGCCAGAGCCACCUUCGACGGGGGUGCCGACGCCUGCUCCACCAACGGCGCCUGCUUCACCACCGACGCCUGCUCCACCGCCGACGGUCACACACGAGUUCCGCGGCUUCUCGCUUGGGGCCACGGUUUAUCCUGUGAGCCUCAAGUCGCACGCAUUCAAUUUCCUGCCUGUGCGUGUAUGCGGUGGGGAUGAAGAGCGUGUGCAUGUGGUGCUUUUUGGCUGCGACGGCACCGAGAAGAUAAGGCCCGAGAAUCUCGUGGACGCUUGCGCGGACGAAGAGGACCACAGCUCGGUCGAUUCUUCUUUGGACCACUGCUACGAGAGUGUGUCGAUGCAGGGUAUGGCAAAGGAUUCCUGUGGCCCGCAACUGCAGGGAACAACUUCUACCUCUUCCUCUGGCGGGCAUCCCUGUGGCCCUAAAAUACAGGGUACAACUUCUACUUCGGCGACGGGCGAGGCGGCCGCCUCCUCCUCCUGAGGUGUGACAAGACCGAUCUGUACGAGCAACGUGUCCCAGGAAUGUGGAGCAAGUACUGCGUAAGGUAGGUGUGUGU